AUGUCGAUUCUUCUCCUCUUUAUGGGUCUCCCUGCAUCCGGCAAGUCUUCUCUCCGACUCCGCCUCCAAACCGCCCAUCCAGAACUCAUCGAAUCCACGUCAUUCGACGAAUUCCGAAUGACGAUGAUGCAAACGUGCUCCACGGCGAAUGCGCGCGAAAAUCGAAAAGCAUUUCAACGAGACGUCGAAUCUCGAAUCUCCGCCCAGUCUCCCGCCGACAAAAUAUGGAUAAUCGAAGACAUUUUUUAUCUGAAGAGUAUGCGACGCCCAUUCUCCAGAAUCUCCAGACGACGUCAUCUGAAAUAUGGAGUCGUGAAUCUGAAGGUGUCUCCUUUUGAAGCGAUUCGACGGAAUUCUGGAAGGAAUUCUGAUGAAAAACAGAGAGAAGAAACGAUUUGGAGGGUUUUUGAAGAGAUGGAACCACCGGAACAUUCGACUGAAAUAUCGAUUGAUUUGGAGCAUGAGGAGGCGGGGCUUAUUGGGUUGGAAGAGGUGUUGGGGAGGUUGGGAAUAAGGAUGAAUGAACGAAAGGAUUCUGAGGAAUUGGAGAUGAAAAAGAAUCCCCCGACGUCUUCUACUGUCCCAUCACCCCUUGAGAUUCUCGAUGUUAAAACUCGUCGUCUCGUCUCUCAACUAAUUCAAAACGAUCGAUUCCUGGAUGGACGGAAACUCAGUGUGGCGAGGAAAAUGCUCAUUUCUUCUUCUGAUUUAAAUGAUCUGUCUGAUGUAGAAUUGAAAGAGAAAUUGUUAGAUUUGUAUGAUAAAUUAUAG